AUGGUGUGGGUCAUCCCCGAGACCAAUGAGGUUUUCACAAGCUACGAGUCGUACCUCCAACGCAUGGAUUUCUACAAACAACGCCGGUUUAUCUGCGAGAUUACAGGCCACUCGGGUCUAACGUUCUUUGAGGCAUUACAGAGUGAAAUGGAGGAGUCUCGUGAACUCAACAACGCGUUUCCGGACGCUCUCAAGGAGCCUAUUCUGCGAAGGGUCCAAUUUUCAACCGUCUCGAGAAUCGACCAUCUGGUGGAUGAAGUGUACGAAGAUUUCAAACAAGACUUCUAUCCCGGUGAACAUGUAGUUAUCCUGCUCGAAAACAACCAGCGCCUACAUGGGAUAAUCCGGGACAAGGCCAAUUUCCCUCGACAGUACUAUCCGGAUGGCGCAGUCAAAUCAGAGGCAUAUGCCCGAUACCUGGUGAAAAUUCUGGAUCGCACCAACGAGGAGGCGUUGCUCGACCAGGAUCACAUCACGCGCGAUCGGAAGACUUUCUCGAAGCAGAUGCUGCGUGCCUUCAUCAAGAAUACGGUCACUCGGGAAUCGUGGAGCGGCGCUCCAUGGCUGGUGAAGCCCACCAUCGCGGAAGAAUACAAGAUCGAUACGGAAGUUCCAAAGCAUUUGCAGUACGGAGCCCGGGUUGCAGAGAAGAAGGCCAUGAAGAAAGCGGAUCAGCAGGGUCACUUCGGCUUCUUUUCAUCGCAGCGGUUGCUGGAGCUCAAGCCGGCAGCCGGAAAAGGGCAGAAGUCCAAACCGACACCGCAAGAGCUUGCCAGGAGCAAGGAAGAGCAGUUUCUUGAGUAUCAGCGUUCUUUGAACGGAAACCCAUCAUUCGUCGUCCAGAAACCCUCUGGCGGACCUGUCCGUCCCGCCAAGGACCCUGAAGCCGACAAGAAGCCGCUGGCCGUUCCCACGGUCGUCAUCAAGGCCGAGCCCCCCAAACCCCCGCCACCUCCCCCGAUCAAGUACCCAAUUGAAGAUUUAGACAUCACUUGGGAGCCGAAUCGAAAGCCUCGACCGCCACUCAAAUUUGAUCUGGAUGACCCAUCAAGCUUCGCUAAUGACGAGGAGAUGUUACAAGGUGAUAUCAAACCCGAAUCGGUGAGCCUAUUCCUGGAGACCUGGAACACACUCAAUGUGUACUGCGAGGUAUUCCAGCUGGACUCGUUUACCUUCGAUGAUUUUGUGCAAGCCAUGCGGUUCUCCUCCAGCGAGGUCGAUUGUGAGUUAUUUGUCGAAAUCCACUGUGCGGUCCUCAAGAAGCUGGUCAAUGCGGAGAAUGACGACGACGGGGCGAUCCAGGUAUCGCUCCCGGACCUUCCGCAGGAGUCGGAUGAGUCAGGCUCAGAGGGAGAAGAGGAGGAGGAGGAGGAGGAGGAAGAAGAAGAGCCCACUCCGGAACCGGAGCCAGUCGUCACCAGGAUGACCACCCGGAGUAGUUUGGCUAAAGCCGAGGCUGCCAACUUGAAAGCUCAACAAGGACGGCGCAGCCGUUCGGGCACAGCCGAAGUCAAGGUGCACCGGGCUGCGGAAAUGUUUGGGGAUUAUGGCUGGAUUGAUCGCCUGCGAAAGAGAGAUUUCCGCAACGGUGGGUGGGAGUUGAUCAUGGUCGGCCUGCUACAUCAACUGUCUGCUCGUCCACGGAUGGAGAAGGUCUGCGAGGAGAUCUUGAAGCAUCUGGCUCCUCUGGAUAAAGAACCCACACAGGAAACUGCGCGCUCGCAGUACGCAACUCUCGACAUCAACCUCCGGAUUCAGGCCCUCCAGAUUAUAUGUAUGCUCAGUCUGGAGACUAAGGCCAUCAAGAACUAUCUGGAGGAGUGCAGCAAUCAGAUGACGGAGUUCCGCAAAGAAAAGAUUGAAUAUCAGCGGGCGCGUAAGGCAGCGCUUGAGGAAUUACGGAAGCUCCAAGUCGAGAAAAAGGCCCUCCAACCUGAGCCAGAGAAAUCGCCAUCACCGCCGCCAAAUACUGAGCCUCCUGCCGAUUCCAAGACGGCAGACGGGGAUGGCGAGACGCCAGCUGUGGACGAUGAAUCUGAGCAGGUCAUGGAUACCGAAGAUGAGGAACCUCGCGGGCCUUCGCUCCGUGGUGGAUUGGACCGGGUUCUCGAACGGAAACGCCGACAAGAGGAAGAGCGGGAGCGUAAGGAACAGUUGGCGAAGCAACCCAAAGGCUCCAAACAGUACCAACGGGUACUGAAAAAGAUCGAAGAGCAGGAGGCGAAGAUCGCCUCUUUGGAAGAGGAGAUUGCGGUUCUCGAUAACGAUCUCAGGGAGGCGGACUGUCCGCGGACGAGAUGUCUGGGGAAGGAUCGUUUCUGCAACCGGUAUUGGUGGUUCGAACGGAAUGCCAUGCCGUAUGAGGGUCUGCCCAACAGUUCGACAGCGGCUGCGAAAUAUGCCAACGGUCGACUGUGGGUGCAAGGCCCGGAUGACAUGGAGCGCGAGGGCUUUAUUGACCUGCCCGAGGACGAAAAGAAGCAAUACGCGAAGCGCCAUCAGAUCACUCCCUCGGAGCGCAAGAAGAAGGAGGAAGGGUCGACAAGCCUUCCGGAUGCGCGCCACUGGGGCUACUACGAUGAUCCAGAAUCGCUGGACGAGCUCAUCAACUGGCUCGAUACGCGCGGCGUCCGGGAGCUCAAGUUACGCAAGGAACUUCAGCUGCAACGAGACAUCAUCGCCAAAUACAUGAACAACCGCAAGGAAUACCUCGCCAAGACUGCUGAACGCGCCGAGUCGGAGGAGGCUCCCACAAAACGGGUGUCAACACGAACCAAGACCUAUGUGGAUGACCGUAAACACCGAUGUCUGCGGUGGAGGAAUACGACAGCGCUGUCCGAAAAUGGCCACCUUCACGUGGAUCCUUCGCGGCCGACGAAGCGGGCAAAGAGGGUCACCGACGAACCGAAGGAAAUCAAGGCGACAAACAAACAGGGGAAACCACUGACAAGACAAGGCACGCGAUACAAUUUCUAA